AGAAGCUGUACCUGGAUCCAAGGGUUGGUGCAAGCCCUGAGUGGGUGGAGUGUCCGUGGAAAACGUUAUAAGGAAACGUGAGGGAGCUGAGCAAACAGUGUGAGCUGCAGCAGAGGGAGAAGCAACAUGGGAGAGCUUUGUGCCCGCUCCGUUCUGGUGACUGGGGCCAACCGGGGCAUCGGCCUGGGGCUCGUCCAGCACCUGCUGGCGUUGCCAAAACCUCCGCAGUGGGUCUUUGCAGGCUGUCGGGACCCCAAGGGGAAGCAAGCACAGGAGUUACAGAAAUUGGCCUCCAAGCACCCCAACCUGGUCAUCAUCCCACUCGAAGUUGCCAACCCCACCAGCAUCAAGGCGGCCGCAGCCAAAGUUGGGGAGCACCUGGGGGGCUCUGGGCUGAACCUUCUCAUCAACAAUGCUGGAAUCGCCAAGGUCACCAAGAUUGAAAAUGAGACACUGGAGGACAUGACCGAGCUUUACACCACCAACACGAUUGGGCCUCUGCUGAUGGGCCAGGCGUUCCUGCCCUUGCUGAAGAAGGCUGCCCAGGAGAGCCCGAUCUCAGGGCUGAGCUGCAGCAAGGCAGCCAUCGUCAACAUGUCCAGCAAAGGGGGCUCCAUCACUUGUAUAGAGGGUUGGGAAGUGAUGCAUUAUACCUCGUACCGCUGCAGCAAGGCUGCUCUGAACAUGCUGAGCAAGUGCCAGUCCCUGGCAUACAAGGAGCACGGCAUCCUCUGCGUCGCUCUCCACCCUGGCUGGGUGCAAACUGACAUGGGCAGCGGUGCUGGAUACACGCCCCCCCUGACGGUGGAUGACAGCGUGAAAGGGAUGCUGAAGGUGCUCUCCUCCCUCUCCGAGAAGGACACCGGCACCUUCCCGGACUGGGAAGGGAAGGUCGUGCCCUGGUGAAAUGCCAGUUCAGGAUCCUGGCAGCCAUGGGGACCUUUGCUGCUGCUCCCACCUGCCCCACAUCCUCAAUAAAGCUCUGUGAGACCA